AGGAGGGUGAGGGGAGGGGACAAGAGAGCUAGCGGUCCCGCCCGGUGAUGUAGGCAGCCCGGGGAGGUGGAGCCGCGACGCCUGAAGGAGUCCCCACCGCAAUCGCGCUUUCGGUCUACCCCUCCGAGCGGCCAGCCGCCAAGCCCCCGCUCCGGCGACCUCCGGCCCAAAUUGCGGCGGCAGGGACUGCGGGAUCCUCCCUGUUCGGGCCUGGGAGGGGAGCGCCUCCUCCACGCCCAGCCCCCUCCCCUCCUGGCUUCCCGGACGGCUGGAGCUACUCCCGGGGGAAGCUGUUCCCGGACGCUCGGGGGCCGGCCGGGCAUCUCGGCUGCCAGCCCGGCUGGGCACUGGGCAUCUGCGAAGCCAGCCUUGCCUGGCACUGGGCAUCUCCGGGCACCGACUGGCUCCGGCGCCGCCCAGCUGCUCACGACCCCGGAGCCGCGGGCUUCCGCGCACCCUCCCCUCCCCCGGCCGCCUGGCAGGACGCCCGUGAGCGCCCGGUGCCCCCAGCCCCUUUGGCCGCCGCUGCCGCAGCUGCCGCCGCCGCGAUGCUGCCCUGGAGACGCAACAAAUUCGUGCUGGUGGAGGACGAGGCCAAGUGCAAGGCGAAGAGCCUGAGUCCGGGACUCGCCUACACGUCGCUGCUCUCCAGCUUCCUGCGCUCCUGCCCCGACCUGCUACCCGACUGGCCGCUGGAGCGCCUUGGCCGCGUGUUCCGCAGCCGGCGCCAGAAAGUGGAGCUCAACAAGGAGGACCCGACCUACACCGUGUGGUACCUGGGCAACGCCGUCACCCUGCACGCCAAGGGCGACGGCUGCACCGACGACGCUGUGGGCAAAAUCUGGGCGCGCUGCGGGCCGGGCGGGGGCACCAAGAUGAAGCUGACGCUGGGGCCGCACGGCAUCCGCAUGCAGCCGUGCGAGCGCAGCGCCGCGGGGGGAUCGGGGGGCUCCGGGGGCCGCCGGCCGGCGCACGCCUACCUGCUGCCGCGUAUCACCUACUGCACCGCGGACGGGCGCCACCCGCGCGUCUUCGCCUGGGUGUACCGCCACCAGGCGCGCCACAAGGCCGUGGUGCUGCGCUGCCACGCCGUGCUACCACCCCCUCCCUUCCAAAACAACCUCUCAAAAGAAGAGGGAAGAAGUUUCCAGAAAUCCAGGAGGGUUGCCUUGGACCUUGGCCAGAUGGAAGCCGUGGUCCUGCCCUUGGCCAGUUAA